UAGAAGAACCAAGUUAACCAACGCGCCAGCGCCCACCAACCAGACCAAACCAAACCGGCCAGCAGCUCCGGCAAGCAAGAACCAAGAAGGCCGACGAUGCGGCAGCAGGAGGACCGGGCGCUCCUCCCGACGACGACGGCCGCCGGCGGCCCGGACGCCGCGGCGGCGUCCGGGCCUUCGGGGCGGCUGCGGACGGCGGGGCUGGUGGCGGCGUGGUACGCGUCCAACAUCGGGGUGCUGCUGCUCAACAAGUACCUCCUCUCCGUCUACGGCUUCCGCUACCCGGUCUUCCUCACCGCCUGCCACAUGUCCGCCUCGGCGCUCCUCUCCUCCGCCUUCGCCGCCGCCACCUCCUCCUCGUCCCCGCGCCGGCCGCUCUCGCGCGGGCAGGCGGCCAGGGUGGCCGUGCUGGGCGCCGUCUUCUGCGGCUCCGUCGUCGCCGGCAACGUCUCGCUGCGCUACCUCCCCGUGUCAUUCAACCAGGCCGUCGGCGCCACCACGCCCUUCUUCACCGCGCUCAUCGCCUACGCCGUCGCGGGGCGGCGCGAGGCCCGUGCCACCUACGCCGCCCUCCUCCCCGUCGUCGCCGGCGUCGUCAUCGCCACCGGGGGCGAGCCGAGCUUCCAUCUGUUCGGGUUCAUCAUGUGCGUGGGCGCGACGGCGGGGAGGGCGCUCAAGACCGUGCUGCAGGGGAUCCUGCUCUCCUCAGAAGAGGAGAAGCUCAACUCCAUGGACCUGCUCUGGUACAUGGCGCCGGUGGCCGUGGUGCUGCUGGUGCCGGCGACGCUGAUGAUGGAGCCGGACGCGCUCGGCACGGCGGCGGCGCUCGCCAGGGAGGACCCCAGCUUCGUCUGGUUGCUGCUCGGCAACUCCUCGCUGGCCUACCUGGUGAACUUGACCAAUUUCCUGGUCACCAAGCACACCAGCCCGCUCACCCUCCAGGUCCUCGGGAACGCGAAAGGGGCGGUCGCCGUCGUCGUCUCCAUCCUGAUAUUCAAGAACCCGGUGACCGUCAUGGGGAUGCUGGGCUACGGGGUGACCAUCGCCGGCGUGGUUCUGUACGGCGAGGCCAAGAAGAGGAGCAAGUGAAGUCUGCUGUCAGGGGUGUAUUUUUAACAGCUCCUCUGCUCCUGGAGAUGUGCUUGUGGCGACAUUUGGCAUACGCACAUUGUUCUGUCGCCGGAGCUCCGAUGUGUUGAUUCAAGUUCCGGCAGAGUCCUGAUGGUGGCACGAUGAAGACGACCAACCCAUUUGUAUAUUUAUUCUUGCUCCAGGUGCAAUCUGGGUUCCUGAAGCCUAUGACUUGGUGAUCUUAAAUUAUCACAAGCCGUUAGAUCAGAUGCAUUCAUGCUUGUAAAUUGGUGUGUAGGCUGCACUACUACAUUACAAUUUACGGAGUACAAGUGAUGAUUGAUCAA